AUGCCUACAUUAAAUCAAUUGAUUCGUCAUGGUAGAGAAGAAAAACGGCGCACGGACCGUACUCGAGCUUCGGAUCAAUGUCCCCAGAAGCAAGGAGUACGCCCGCGUGUUUCAACGAGAACACCAAAAAAACCUAAUUCAGCUCCACGUAAGAUAGCCAAGGUACGGUUGAGCAAUCGACAUGAUAUAUUUGCUCACAUUCCGGGCGAAGGUCAUAAUUCGCAGGAACAUUCUAUGGUGUUAAUUAGAGGGGGUAGAGUGAAAGAUUUGCCAGGUGUGAAAUCCCAUUGUAUUCGAGGAGUCAAAGAUUUGCUGGGAAUUCCGGAUCGAAGAAGAGGCAGAUCAAAAUAUGGUGCGGAAAAACCCAAAUCGAUAUGA